AUUUUCCAGCAUUAUUUUCCUUAUCAAACCUAGCCCAUUAAUUUGUAUUUUGUAUUAUUAAUUAUAUAUUUAUUAUUUAUUAUUAUAUUUAAAUAUAUAAUACCUAAUUACUAUUCAUUUAUUUCCUACGACAACGACUACACUAGUAGUUAGUACACAAUACCAGUCACGCUGCCACGGUGGUCAGUGAUCACGUUAAUACCUUAUCCAGUUAUCCAUCAAUCAUCACCUACCAGCCUGCUGCAGCCCAUACCCAACAAUAAUUCCGACAGACGGCGUGUCGUACUGUAGUUAAUCGACGAUUAGCGUUUAUACUUUAUUCUACUUUCACUGCGCCGGACGGAUGGUGGCAGUCGGCAGAUAUCGUGGUUGAUUACAAGGCAAUAACAUUACGUCAUUAGUAUUAUACUAGCAUUUCGCAGUAUUUGAAGAUAAUAUCCAGCGUUCCUCGUUUGGCGUUCGACAAUUCUACAGUUUCCAGAACAAGCGUUCGGUUUCCACACACGCUUUACUGUGCACAUUUUGGACUAACCGCCGUCCCAACAUGUCUAUAGCCGAAUUCUUGGAUGGCAUGCCAUCCUUUGACGAACGCAAUUUUUCCCGUUUCCAUUCAGACAAUGGUCGAAGCAAGCGUGUACCAGUUUACAUAACAACCGAUGACCAACCUUGCGACCAAAUUAUUGUUACUGACAAGUCAAAUUUAUUACUCCGGUAUUUACAUAACCAAUGGGAUAAAAAGCAUGGAGGUAAAAAAAGGGAAUUAGUUGAAACGGGCGAAGAAUCUGGCUCAUCAUCUAGAAAACGUCCAAGAGUAGAUGUGCCUAUAUUGUAAAACUUUUUGCAAUAAAAUAAUUCCAAUGCAUAUAAAUUCUCUAAUGUUUUUGGACUAAAAUUCCUUAUUUGAUUGUUUUUAAGAGAAAUACAAUUUGCUAAUUUAAUGAUGUAUUUAGUAAUACACAUGGUAUUAUUUUGAAUGAUUUUUAUAGUUUGCAAUAAUAUUCAAUUUACAACUGUUUCUUUUGAUAUUCACAACUUUUAUUGAUAAUAUUGUAUGUCUAAUAAUAAGUCAUUCAGUUGUUUAAACCUUCAUUAUAUUGUAUUUAUAAUAUAUGUUAAUUGUAUUUAAUGUGUAACAAAAUUGUGUACUAAGAAUAUAAGUAACUCAAUAUUAUACUUUAUCAACAAUUUUAUGUUAUAACUUACAAUACAACACUAUUGUUUAUUUAUGUUCCACCAUUAGUGUUAAAUAUUCUUAUAUGAAACAAAAUUCAAUACAUUUCUAUUUAUUUUGACA